UGGAGGGCUUGGUGCCCUUGGUAACCAGAGGGAGUCACGUGAUCGGGCUGGCGUUUCCAAGGGAGGAAGUCGGUUCGGUGGGCUCGGUCGGUCGAUCGAUCUUGGCAGGAUGUCGGGCAAGGACAGGAUCGAAGUCUUCCCUUCGCGGAUGGCUCAAACUAUUAUGAAAGCACGUUUAAAAGGAGCCCAGACUGGACGCAACCUCUUGAAAAAAAAAUCGGAUGCAUUGACUUUACGAUUCCGGCAGAUUUUGAAGAAAAUUAUUGAGACUAAGAUGUUGAUGGGUGAAGUGAUGAGAGAAGCUGCUUUUUCCCUUGCUGAAGCAAAGUUCACAGCUGGAGAUUUUAGUACUACUGUGAUUCAGAAUGUGAACAAAGCUCAAGUCAAGAUCAGAGCUAAAAAAGACAACGUAGCAGGUGUGACACUGCCAGUUUUUGAACAUUACCAAGAAGGAGGAGAUAGUUAUGAGUUGACUGGUUUAGCCAGAGGUGGUGAACAGCUGGCCAAGCUGAAAAGGAACUAUGCCAAAGCAGUAGAACUCCUUGUAGAACUAGCUUCUCUUCAGACUUCGUUUGUUACUCUGGAUGAAGCAAUCAAGAUAACAAACAGGCGUGUGAAUGCUAUUGAACAUGUGAUUAUUCCUAGAAUUGAACGCACACUGUCUUACAUCAUAACCGAGUUGGAUGAGCGAGAACGAGAAGAGUUUUACAGAUUAAAGAAGAUCCAGGAAAAGAAAAAGAUACUGAAAGAGAAGAAUGAGAAGUUGCAAGAAUUACGGAAAGCUGCUGGAGAGCAAGAACCUGCAAAUUUGCUUGCAGAAGAAAAAGACGAGGAUCUUCUCUUUGAAUAGCUGUGACACAAAGUUGUGACUGAAUUCUAAAAGCUGUGCUGCUCUGUGGACCUUAUUUAUGAAGUUCUUUCUUUGAUUAUUAGCCUGAAUGUUCCACUCCAGACCUAUUCACGGAAUGUUCUUGUUGUGGAAAAUUGCUGUUUAAGUAAAUAUUUGCACGAAGCAGGAUCAUUUCUAUUUCCUGUCUGUCUUCAUUCCUUUGGUAUAGAAGUAUGGUUUCCCUGCUUGCUGCCAAAUUCUUGUAAUAAGAAUUUUUGUUCAUGGUCACAGUUGAAACCAGUGAGCAUUUCAGAAAUUCGUAACUUGGAAUUAUGUUUUCCUGAAUAAGAAAUAUUCAUUUUAAAUUGUAUUUCAAUUGAUUGUACUGUAAAAUCAAUAAAGAAAUAUGGCUAACCGAA